CUUUCUCUUCCUCUUCCUCUUCCUCUUCUCUCUUUCUCGCGAUACUCCCAACCCAAAACAAAGAGACUUUUUUUUUGACAAAAUCAGAACCUGGCAAUCGGAGGUUUUGAUUAACCAAUCGCUAAUCGGAGGUUUUGACUAAUCAAUCAGAAAUCAGAGAUUUUGAUUAACUAAUCGGAACGACAUAUGGGAAAGCGUUGAGUCUUCUCCACCAUGCAUGAUUGUAAUUAGGGAGCUUAAUCGAUUCAGCUAGAGGCUUCUGCAAAAACGGAGCUAGCAGCAGAUUCGUCCAUAGUGAUGGAGGAGCCGAUUCCUCCUGGACUUGCUCAUCACUUCAUGACUUACAUGGAGAAAGGCAAAUUCCCUGACAAAUACAGUUUGGUAAGGGAGACCAUGGUAGACUUGUGAUCAGUUUGGUCGGGUCAACAAAUGGCAAAAACUAGAGAAUUCAAGCAGGUUAGUUUCCUUUUUUACUUAAUUUUGUUUAAUUCACUGCUUCCAACUACCAAAUAACUAAACCGGUCUUGUCAGAUUAGGUAAGCAGUAAGUCUUGUAUUGAUUGUGUUGUGUUCGUUGGUUGUUCAAUGGUUGUGUUUAUGGGGUGUGUUCAAUGCUUUGUAGUUGAAGUGGAAAUUUACUUUCUCAUUGAUUGCUACUAACACAAACCAAAUCGUUUUUAACCAAACCCUCACAUUGAUUGCUACUAACACGACCCUUUAGCAAUAUCUUCCCUUCUACUUCUAACACGCACAGAAAAAAAAAACGAUAUGGAUUCAUAUGGUUCCAUGAAUCCAUAUACUAACUCUCCUGGCUUCAUGGAUCUCCUACAUAGUCAAGGAGAAACCCACAGUCUGGACUCCAAUCCAUACGACAAUGUUUCACCAAGUAUUGAGGUUGGUGCAUCACAAGUCCCUAUUGUUAGUAGCCAAUACGCUGGUGCUUCAAGUCAAGGUGAAAUGACACAACCCGAGCGUAGAUCAAGAAUUACAUGGACCCCAGCAGAUGAUGUUCUGCUCAUCAGUGCAUGGCUUAACACAAGCAAGGAUCCAGUAAUUUCAAAUCAGCAAAAGCGUGGAACCUUUUGGUCACGGAUUGCAAAGUAUUAUGCAGUAAGUCUGAAGGCUGCAGGUCGACCACAUAGAGCAGCAAGUCAUUGUAAGCAGAGGUGGGGGAAGAUAAAUGAUAUAGUUUGCAAGUUUGUUGGAUGCUAUGAGGCUGCCACAAAGCAGAAAUCAAGUGGACAAAAUGAGGAUGAUGUUCUGAAGCUGGCAUAUGAAAUCUACUUCAAUGACCACAAGGUGAAGUUCACCUUGGAGCAUGCUUGGCGAGAGCUUAGGUAUGAUCAGAAAUGGUGUGCUUCUUCAUCUACUAAACCCGCUGGAACCCCAAAAAGAAGAAAAUGCCAAGAUGGUUCUGCACAGUCCUCAAGCUCGAUGCCACAAGACCAUGGAGCCGAUGAAUGUAUGACUCGACCCCCUGGUGUUAAGGCGUCGAAGGGAAAAUCCAAAAAGAAUGUUGAGUCGACCGUUGAGGGAGAAGGGAAGGCUUUCUUAGAGUUUCAGGUCAGCAAAGUUCAGAGGAUGCUUGAGCUAAAGCAACAAGACUAUGCUUUGAAAGAGAAGGAUUUUGCUUUAAAAGAGAAGCAUAGCAAGCAUGUCAUGCUUGAAAACCUUCUUACAAAAAAGGAACAACUUAGUGAAGCAGAAGUUGCUUUAAAAGACAAGCUUAUUAAUGACAUGUUGUCAAGGAAUUCAGUUUGAGAGUUUAUGUUCUAUGAGUUUGAAUUUCACCAUGUUUAUGUAAUAUUUGAAUGUUUCUUUUGUAUGUCUUUGAAUAUGUUUUGUAUGAGUAAUGACAUGUUUAUGUUGUAUGAGUAAUGGCAUGUUUGUUUCCCGUGACAAACCCUUCAAGAUCAGUGUGAAUUAUUUGU